GAGCGCAGACAAAGCUGGGUGGGGACUCGGCGCUCGGGGCUGCUGCUGACCACCCUCCUCCUGCCUCCGGCCCCAUCCCUCCCUCCGCCUCUCCAUCCAUCCAUCCAUCCAUCCGUCCGUCCGUCCGUCCGCCCGCCGGUCCGUCCGUCCCGCCGCCUGCCCCGCGGGGGUCUCGGGGCAGCACCGCCCGCCUGCAGGUCGCCCACGGCCAAGAGGAGCAGAUCUUCCCCUAGAGACACAGCUCUCCAGAGUGACCUGCUUCUGCCCCCUGGAGCGUGCCUGGCCCACCCAUGGCUAGCAACAACACUGCUAGCAUCGCACAAGCACGCAAGCUGGUGGAGCAGCUGAAGAUGGAGGCCAACAUCGACAGGAUAAAGGUAUCAAAAGCAGCAGCAGACCUGAUGGCAUACUGUGAAGCCCACGCCAAGGAGGACCCCCUAUUGACCCCCGUCCCAGCCUCAGAAAACCCUUUUAGAGAGAAGAAGUUCUUCUGUGUGAUCCUGUAAACCCUCGAGGAGCCUGACCAGCCCUCAGGCCACCCUGAACACUGGUGUAGAGUUUUUAGGAACGGGGACGACCUGCUAGUCCACAGAAUUUAAUCAAAAAUCAGUAAAAUAUACGGCCUGGAAGCUACAGAGAUGUGCAUGUUUAAAGAACCUGGCCACUUUUGGGGGGAUAAGAUGAUCUGCAUUGCAAGGCAAAAGAUCUGAAGU